UCAUCAAGCAUGUCAGUAGUUUCUCCUGAGCCCCUGAAACAGAUGCCUGCCCUCUUGCAGUGCCCGCUGUGCCGCUUAAAUCCUAUGUGAAUGUUGUGCCAAGGUGGCUGUCGAUGUUUGCCUGUAAUAUCUGAAAAACGUCACGUUUCCUGUCGUUGUUACUGUAUAUGAUGCAGGGUUAUCUGAAGUCACUCCGAGCAAAAACAUCGCAGCGCUGUAGAACUGCAGUCAGUAUAUAUGCUCAGUAUGAUCUAUUUCCAUCGGAACAAAUAGUGGCUGUCCCGUAUUCUUCAUGAAAAAUUGCAGUUCACUUUAUUAUCUGUCAACACGCCAUUGUUACAUGUAACGACUGUACUCAUAUCGACAUGCCAGUCCCUGUUAUAUACUUGCUCUUUUUCUGUGUGGAUUGGCACAACUAUGUUAAUGCGGACCAGAAUACUGUGAUACAUUCACCAGACAGAAGCAUAUGUACUUCUGAACCACACGGGAAUAAAUUGUCGUCUCCCUCUUUGAGUGGUGAGAAAAUUGUAGACGAAGGAUAUGAUCAGCACUCUAUAACUGAUGUUACUGAACCUGAAAAUGAUGAAGAUGAAAAUCAUGAACCUGAAAAUGAUGAAGAUGUAUAUGGAGAUUAUUAUGAAGAUGAAUAUUACGUAAGCAUUUCUGGGAACGAGGGAAAUUAUGAAGAUUAUUAUGAAGAUAAAUAUAAUCCUCGUGUGACAUUAUAUACAGACCACAAUGGAACAGGGAAUUUCGUUCAAUUUCAUGAAACAAAAAUAUCUGAAAAUGAAAACAUAAGUAUGGACAAAAUAUAUAGUAACAUAACACUUCCACGAGGUCUGCAUAGAUUUCUUGUGAAGAAUGUGUCCUGCAUUGUGUAUAACACUCACCAUUUAAACUGCUCUUUGGCUGUGGAGAAUGUCUCCAAAGAUGCCCAGUACGCGCUCACCGUCCAUCAAGGUGAUUCACUCCUCUCCUGUGACAGCUUCAUGAAUAAUGAAGCCAGAGUUGUUAAAUGUAAUGGAAAGAUUGAUCACAUGCCAGACUUCUCUAUAAAGAUCAAUGUUACUGUCGCUAACUUCCGAUACGUCCACUGUCAAGACUUUGAGAAAGUGCAAAUUGAAAAGCUGAAUCCGCCACAUAAUGUAAAUGCUUCAUUCAUCUCAGGGAACCUGUACAUUGAAUGGGAUCUUAAAACAGAUGUCAAAAAACUUAUUUGUUUUAACUUCCAGUUACAGAUAAAAAGUCGCAUUGAGGACGUUUUGCGCCAGAUGAACCACACCAUACCGAACAUAGAUCAGACUCAGAGUUAUAAGAUACAGAUAAGAGUGACCAAGACUGACAGCUGCAGGAGAAAUGACAUUUGGAGCGACUGGAGUGAACCUGUGGUUGUGAAUCCACUUAAAAAGCCGGAUGCACUGAAUGUGCUAAUGAUUUGUGGCAUUUCUCUGGGCAUCCCCAUGUUCCUGCUUGCAGUGCUUCUGCUCUUCCGGCAGCCCAGAUUGUUCAACAAGUUGUUUCCUCCUGUUCCAAGUCCAUCUGUGAAAAUUCAAGAGCUGUUAGAGAAAGAUGAUGUCAUUCAGGAGAUGCAAUUCAGAUAUUUAGAGGAGAUUCUUAAAGUUGAAGAUUAUUCUGAUUAGGAGUCUGCGAAGAAAUUCCCCAGGAGGCCACAGAAUUAUCUCAAAAGCUGCAAAAUGUCGUCUCCUAUCAAGACAACAAAGGCGGUUUUCUGGGCCCAGAAUGUGUAGUACUCAAAGUAUUGUGCAAAUAUGAUAUUUAGUGCAACAGAAAAAUGACAAACAGUUAUUUUCUGCUUAUCUGCGUGAUUCUGUUUUGAGUUAUGACUCACUAGCGCUGUGAAGUUUUUUUUCUUUCUCUCUUUGUAAGGGACACUCCCCACACUUGCACUUCCUGGAAAUACAGUCCUGCCUGGAGCCAGAUACUGAGAAUAAAACAAGAUUGUUGCUUUCAGGUUCUGACCAUCACACAUAGUCACCACAAGCCAAGCAGCAGCAGUGCAUGUGGG